AUGGACUCGAAAUUGACACAGUUUCAUGGCGUUGAGGGAAGAGAUCAAAUCACUUUUUCCAUUCUACUCUAUUAUGAGUGGAAGAACAAAUUUCUCCACUGGCGGCCGAGCAUGAACGGAGGAAUAACAAAAAUGACUAUUCCGGUCGAUCGUGUCUGCCGACCAGAGAUGGUUCUUUACGAAAGCUUACUUGAUGAUUUUGAUAGCAAGCAUCAAGCAGGAGUUGAACUAUAUAACGACGGGACAUGCUAUUGGUAUCCGGUAGUAAAAUAUGUUGCUGGCUGCAGUCUAGACAUGACUUUCUACCCCUACGAUACGCAAUACUGUCCGUUGAAAUUCGGAUCGUGGACAUUUACAUCCGCCGAAGUCAAUUUAGGAGUUCGGACACCCACGAACAAUGUCACUGGCGUUGGCCAAACCGGCCUUAUGUUUGAUGAUCCAAUGAAACCAAACUCGACUGAGUGGGAAAUCCUAAGCACGGACGGAAUGCUCAACUUUGUUGAGUACCCCUGUUGCAUUGAUCUUUACGCAGGAGAGUUUCUCCUUCAUCAAAAAUGA